AUUUCCUUGAUAUUCUUGUUCAAAGGCUGUAAGGUUGAAUGGCAGAUAGCCGGCUGGUUGGUUCAGCUUCCAAGUACCUUCAAGGGGCGAAAUUUUCUUUUUCGUCCUUCUCUUGCAGACAGCUGAAACAAAAACUCUCCUGAGAAAGAGCCAAUCAGGCGCGGCUAUUAAUUGCAAACACUCUCUUUUCUUUGUGAAAGGGAGAGAGGUUUGAAUUUCUCAUGGAAGAGCAACUCCCCAUGUGGCGUUCUUUUCAGCGGAAGUUGCCUUCUCAUAGGCUUCUAAGUAGCACUAGCAGGAACAGAUUAAGAGUUAGGGCUUGGUAUCUAUCAGCCCUAUUGAGGACCAUUUGAUGAUAUGGUUUUAGAGCUUGUUCCAAAAAUGUUACACAAGAAUUACAAGUACCCGCAACCUACGAUGCCAUUCAGGAAGAAACCUUUCGUUAAGCGAGUUCAAUUUCCAGAGGGAAGCAGCCAAGACUACAAACUGGAUUUUUCAGAAGAUGAAGUGCAGCUUGUUGUCAGGAUGUUUAAUUUAGUUGGACGGAGGUGGUCCCUUAUUGCUGGUAGGAUUCCUGGCAGAACUGCAGAGGAGAUUGAAAAGUAUUGGAAUUGGAGGGAGACAUCACUUGGACAGUAAAAGCAAUUGGAGGAGGACUCUGCUCUUCUCCUUCAUUAGAAUGUAUACUCCUGUCUUUUAAUUAUCGUCUCUGUGAAUUGGAAGGUCUUCCGGCCGUGGUCAUCAAGCUUUAAGUGUUGCUUCUACCCAUUGUGUAAUUAUUCAGAACUAGCCUUUUAUUGUCGUGCUAAGCAGGAAGAUGAAUGACAAGUUAAAAUUAUGAAGCUGUUGCAUCUUCA